UUGGUGGUGUCUACCAUGUCGUCGCCGUCGUCGUCGGUCCUCCAGAAAGCUUAUCGCAAUGCUGUCAUCCAACUUUGGUACGCGUUCUUGCUCGCACAGAUCGUUAGCACCGCACACGUCCGGCAAGUUUGCGAACGGCGGGAUGCUUUUUUCGACACGUUUUACAGCGUGUGCCUUCCGACGGAUGCCGGAGCACCGGUCACUUACCUCCUGUACGACGUGAACCCGGGCGAAGGGUUCAACUUGCGGCGGGAUGUCUACAUUCGGUUGGCGGUGUUCCUGAAGCACCUCAAAACGCAACCCGGCUACCAACACUCGAAGCUGGUGCUCGCCCCGUGGUCCUAUCUGGUGCACUGGCGCAGCCGUCACAUCGACCAGGGUCGGCUGCUGUGGAACAAUUUCUUCGACGUUCCCAGCCUGCAGCGGUACACGGACGUGAUCGAUAUGGAUGAAUUUUUUGCCGAUUACGCGCGGACGCACGGUACCCGGGCGGCGCAGCAGGUGACGGUGGACGAGGUGUACCAGUUGCGGCAUUACGAUCACAUGCUCGAGAACGGUGCGUUCGUCGACAAGUUCGAGGAGCACGCGUGCCCGCAAGGGAACCGGGGAACCGCGGUGGAACACCUGUUCGGCUACACCAACUUCAGCGGGAGCAGCUUCCGCUGCCUGUUCUUCCAGGGCAGUGCGAUGUUACUGCAGCGGGUGCUGGACAAAUACGGCCGGCAGCCGGGUACGAACCGGGUCGCCCCUUCACCGCGGUACGUGGUCGUGCUGAACGCGGAAAUCGUACUGCACGACUACUGGGGCAACGUGGACUACUGGGAAGCGCGCCGAUCGAUGCGCUUCGCCAAGCCACUGGUGGCAGUGGCCAAUCAGUUUCGAUUGGCGUAUCUCAACUCGAGCGACGAGCACGAUCGCACGGUGCGCCCGGCCCGAUGGACCGACGAACGGGCCCACCGUAGCGCGCAAGGGGGCAGCUACCUGUGUGCCCACCUGCGGCGGGUGGAUUUUUUGGAUGGGCGCGAGAAAACCACACCCACGAUACAGUCGGCCGCGCUUCAGAUCCGCGCCAAGCUGCUCGAGCUCGGGCUCCGGACGGUGUUCGUGGCGUCCGAUUGCUCGCGCACCGAGUUUCACAAUCUGAAAAACUACCUCAAGCGGUUCCGGGUGGUGCGCUACGAGCCGGAAAGCUACGAACAGCGUGCCACCCUCAAGGAUGGCGGUGUGGCGAUAGUGGACCAGCUCGUGUGCUCGUACGCACGCUACUUCAUCGGCACGUACGAGUCGACGUUCACGUAUCGGAUCUACGAGGAACGGGAGAUACUUGGUUUUGCGCAAGACCUGACAUUCAACACGUUCUGCAAGCACGAAAAUGACGACGUAGCGUGCGAGAAGAACACAGUGUGGCCUAUCGUGUACGAUUAAUCGGUCCGGUGUGGGUCGACGAGGUACGCCGGGGUUUGCUCUACUGCUGAGGAUGCGCUUUGGGGGCUUUUGGGCUUUUAGGAUGGAUCGCAUCGACCCGGAGCUGUGAUGGUACUACUACGACCGGGACCGGGAGGAGGAACACAUUCUACACAAACCAACUAGAGCUAUGUUUUGCAAUUUACAAUGAACGCUUAUGCCAAAAAAUGAGAUUGGAUGUUAACUUACCUUGCUUGCUAGAUUAAACACUGUUGGUAAACAAUUUUUAAUUUCGAUGUGAACACGGUACAUGCGUAACGUAUUGCAUACUGAUUACAUUAUUGUUACUGUAUCAUAGUUUAUUGCUUGUAACUGAUAAUACUCCCUUAUAAUCGAUUAUUGUUAGGUACAUUAC